UGUCAUUCACACAUUACGGCAUCGCAUCAAAUUUUGCCACAAUAAAAAUAUUAAGAAAGAAAAUCUAUCCAUAAAAUAAUGCCGAAAGUACGCCGGAGCCGCAAGCCGCCCCCAGACGGAUGGGAGCUGAUAGAGCCCACUCUCGAGGAAAUCGAGCAGAAGAUGCGGGAGGCCGAAACAGAACCACACGAGGGAAAACGCAUUUCGGAGUCCCUGUGGCCGAUAUUCAAGAUCCACCAUCAGAAGACCCGCUACAUCUACGACCUGUUCCAUCGUCGCAAGGCCAUAAGCCGAGAGCUCUACGACUACUGUCUCAAGGAGAAGAUUGCCGAUGGCAAUCUGAUAGCAAAAUGGAAAAAGUCCGGCUACGAGAACCUCUGCUGCCUGCGAUGCAUACAGUCGCGCGACACAAACUUUGGCACAAACUGCAUCUGCCGAGUGCCCAAGUCCAAACUGGAGGAAGGACGCAUCGUGGAGUGUGUGCAUUGCGGGUGUCGUGGCUGCUCAGGCUAAGGCACAAGGUUGCCUGGGACGCGGAGUCCCUGCAUCUGCAGCGAGUGCCCAAAUUCCAGCUCGAGGAAGGACAUGCUUUUAGACAUAUGUAUUGAAAACAAUAGCCAAUAGCUACACCCACAGAGCGACACCGCUCCGCUCAGAGAGUUAAGACAUUGUAAUGUACAAAAUAAAGUAAAUUUA